GGUAGCGUUGCUGUGCGGCGUGAUCUGUGCGCAGCGCGGAUGGAGGAAACAGUUUGAGGCAGCAGAACGAUCCGACUACUGACGCGCUCCAGCGGAAAACGGCUCCGCUUGCCUGAAUCAGACGUCCUUGAUUUAAUGGGUCCAAUCAUCGGGAUGUCGCCGGACAAGAAAGCAGAAUCCCCGGGUGUCGUGGGGGAGCGGACGGGCCUGCGCGGGGUUUGCGGGACGUUGCCCGAAGCCGAGUGCGCCGCCAGCCCUCUGGCCACCAGCCUGGACCGCAGCUCCAGCUCAGGAGACGAAGAACUGACCAACCUCAACUGGCUCCACGAGAACCUGCUCCAGAACUUCACGCUGGGCGGCCCCGAGGCCCAGUCCAGCCCCAGCCCGCUCUUCGACAUCGAGGGCACCAACGGCGCCUCCGUCAUCUCCUCGGCCACGGCGCACGCCGGAGAGUCCGUCAAGUCCAAGCCGCCGUUUUCCUUCUCCCUGCUCAUAUACAUGGCCAUCGAACAGUCGCCCAGCAAGUCGCUGCCAGUGAAGGACAUCUACGGGUGGAUCCUGGAGCACUUCCCGUACUUCUCCAGCGCCCCCACUGGAUGGAAGAACUCGGUGCGGCACAACCUGUCCCUCAACAAGUGCUUCCGCAAGGUGGAGAGGAGCCUUGGGAAGGUCAAUGGGAAAGGCUCUCUGUGGUGCGUUGACCCCGAAUACAGACCCAAUCUGAUCCAAGCCCUGAAGAAACAGCACUUUCCCACCGCCCACUCCUUCUGCACACCCCCUGCUUCCCCACCCAGUGCCUUCUCACCCGCACGUCACCUCUUCCUCCAGGGCUGCUCUCUAAAAGAGUCUGACAUUGAUGCCGCCACUGCAAUGAUGCUCUUAAACUCGGCCCCCGGACACCACAGUGACCCAUGUGACCCGGACAGCCCCAUAGACCUCUCGCGCCCGGAUUCGGUCCUGGUGAGCAGCGACCCGAAGCAGGACCACAACUACAGCAGCUCGUCUUUCCAGCGCUGCUCGUCUCGCUCUUCCUCGUCCUCCUCGUCCUCGCUGUCCUCCCUGGACGAGGCCGGCUGCGAAUCCGGCCAGGGCCGCCGUGCCGGCAGCGAAGGUUUUCACAGCGACGAGGAUUCGGAGGAGGAGAGGAACCCGCGUCUCCCCUCGCUCCCCGUCCGUCGCCCGCUCACCGUCAAGUGCCCUCUUCCGGUCAAACGGGCGCGUCACGAGUGCAAACCGGAGCUGGACGAGGAGUUGAAGGAGGCGGCCGGGUCUCUCUUGCACCUGGCCGGGAUCCGGUCCGGCUUGGAUCUGUCUAAGCGAACGGCCAAGAGUAAAAAGCCGGAAAAGCAUCGGAAAUGAAUCGUUCAGUGACAUUUUAACCCUUGGACUGUGUAUCAGUGACUGUGCCUCCUCAUUUUUCACAUCACCUUCUCUCUUUUUUUCGUUUUUAUACAAGAGAUUUCCCUCCCUGGAUCAAAACUACGGCAAUAGCAACUCUCACGCGGAAGUGAACGAAGCCAUAACUGAGACUUACGGAGAAACGCAGGUUGUCGUGCUUCAGGAUGAAGGAUUUCUCUCGGCGAAGGAGUCGGAUAGGGAGAAAUUGGUGUUUUUUCCUCUUAAACGUUUGCAUGCUUCCUCUUUAAGUGAGUGUCCUACUCUUCCAAGUAAAUCUGUGCUAUUUAUACAGAGAACGAGUGCAUGUCUGUGUCGUUCGAAGCACUAACCUCUCGUCGUCCACUUUAUAGACGUGAAAAACGAGAAUUACGUCAAGAUUCCCUGCUUUUUUUCAAUUUUUUUUUUUAGUACAGAACAAAGAAAUGCAAUAAUUCUCAUCAGGCGGCUGGCGUUACGUUUGUUCUCUUCAUCAGAGGCGCUGGAUGUUCGUUGGGUUGUCGUCGGGGUCUGAGCGGACGGUGUGCAGAAGUGAUCUACGGAUAAUGGAUUACUUGGUCUUUUUUUUUUUUUUUAGGGAUCCAGCUGUGGUGUUUGGUGAUGCUUUUGGGGUAAAUCUCAUGAAAACAGGUCACACUUCACUCCAGAAUCAAAAGGAAAAAAAAAAAAAAUAUAUUUUGCAUUAAAAUGAAACCUGUUUUUGAGUUUUUAUUUUUGCAUUGGGACGUUUUCUUUUUUAUAAUUCCCAGUUUAUAUAUAUAAUAUAUAAUAAUUUUUUUUUAUUUGGCGAGUGCAACUUGGUAGCACAUUGGAUGUUACUAUUUUGUAGAAAUACUUCACAUUUCAAUUCAAUUAUUUAUUUAUUUUAUUUUUUAUAAAUUUGAGAUGGAAUGUACAAAAGUAAAUAAAUCUUAGUGAAUUACAAUGGCCUUUUUACAGUUUAAAAUCAGCAAAAAUAGGCAUAAAAAAUAAAAUAAUUUGACCUUUUUUUUUUUACUUACAAUAAUGAGAUUUUAUUGGAAAAAUAUGCUUAGUUGAU